AAUAAUUCAAUUAGAUCGAUUUGAUCAAUCAAUUUAUCGUCAAUUUAUGAAACAAUAUGAUCAACUUAAUCAUGAUGUAUUUAUUAUUAAUCAAACAAUGAGUCGUGUUUUUUUCGGUAUUGAAACUAUUUCCAAAUCGGCUAUUAUUUAUUGUAGUAUUUUCUAUAGUAAACAAAAUGAAAUGUAUUUAUUCAAUACAAUUAUUUGUAUAUUUUUAUUAUCAACAUUUAUCUUUACGAAUGGUAUUUAUUCCAGAGCAUCACAAUUACCAUAUUAUAAUCGUUUAGGAUGUUUAUCGUUGAUGAAAUGGUUAGCACGAAAACAAUAUCAACGAUAUAGAAAAAUUUGCGGUAGUAAAAAACAAAAAUUAUUACGACCAUUAUCAAUUUGUAAUGAAAUUCGUUCAAAUCUUUUCGGGCAAAUUAUGUCCGAAAAUCAUUUGGGUUUUAGUUGUGGACAAAUAUUUCUCGUUAUUAAAUAUAAAUAUAACACCUUCACACUUUUUUAA